AUGGCAGACGUUGAAGAGUAUUUUCCUAGAGGAGGAAAAAAGCCAACAACAACAAAUUUCGUGCAAACUUCAAAUUUUUUGGGCACAACUGAGAAAAAAGAAAGAAAGAGAAAACAAAAGAAAAAGUCAGAAGAAGAUGAUGGGUACUUGUCUGAAGAAGCUUCCAAAGAUGUUGAUAAAUCAUAUAAAACUUGUGGUGUUUGGCUCAGUUAUAAGGCGCUGAAACAGGACUUUGUAGUAUUGGGCCGGAUAUCUCAAAUCAAAGAGACUAAUAUGUUGGUCUCUUUGCCAAGUCGACUGAUUGGAACGGUCAUGGCAUGUCAUAUAAGUGAACCUUAUAAUAAACUAUUGGAAGCUUAUGUGGAUGAUAAGAUUGACAAAGUAAAAGAGCUGAAAGAAAUCUUUAAACGUGGGCAAUAUGUCUGUGUCAAAGUACUAGAAGUUAAAGAUAACCAUGCCAUGCUAACAAUGAUGCCGCAACAUAUAAAUAGCAAUAGAAAACAUAGUGAUCUACAUAAAGGUUCUCUCAUCCAAGCUGCCAUUUCAUCUGUAGAAGACCAUGGAUACAUCAUGGAGACUGGUAUACCUCACACAACAGCAUUCUUGCCUAAGAAAAAUGCCAAGUCUGAUAUAGAACUCGAUGUGGGUAUGGUUACAUGGUGCAGUGUGAAAUCCAUUCAGGCUUCCUCCGACAAUAACGUUAUAACGCUGAGCAGCGAACCAACAGCACUGCAGAACGCAUUCCAGAAAUCUGCCACAACCAAUAUACCGCCGGGGACGUCUCUUGAAUUUAUUGUUGAUAAGCCUUUGGACAACGGUAUCGAAGGCCGUAUAUUUGGGGAUCGGACUGCGUAUAUACAACGACACCACAUUGACUCUGUAAAGGGAAAGAAACCUUCUCUAGGGGCUAAGAUAAGGGCGCGUCUCCUAUACACGCUGUCAGUAACAAACAUCCCAUACUUGACUAUGAGAGAUGUUUUCGACCCUGUAUGUGUGGACAUGACCCAAGAACAAAAAUACAACGACGGAGAUAUUGUUGAAGAAGCUCAGGUGCUCAAAAUUCUAGGUAGAUGCGUUUACUUUAAAUUGAGUGCAGGUCAAACAGGUGUUCUUAGUAUCCGUAGUCUGCAGAUGGAUGAGAACUUAACUGAUGAAGAGCUUCUGGCCAAGUCCUAUCCUAUAGGUAGCACACACAAAGUACGUGUCCUCGGCUAUCAUCUCGUCGACAGAAUGUACUCGGUCACAGACCAACCAGACAUCCUUCGAGAACAGUAUUUCACUCUGACACAGCUCAGCGUUGGGGAAUAUGUCACUGCCACUAUUACUACUGUGGCCGAUACUUAUUUACGGGCGACUGUUGGAAGAAUACCAGGUUUCGUCCCACAGAUACACAUAACAGACUCGGGAGUGUUCGUAGACCCUAAGAAGGCCAGCACCUCCAAGCUACCCAAGAAAAAGUUCAAGGUAGGACAAGAGGUAAAAGCUCGCGUUUUAUACGUGGACCUGCCAAAGAAUAAUGCGGUUCUAACGUUGAAACCGACGCUGCUGUCGCCAGAUUCGUCUGUUCUUUUAAAUUUUGAAGAUGCCCUCAUUGGAACAUCUUACACGGGCGUUAUAACGACAAUACGCGACUACUUAUUAGUAACAUUCUUCAACAAUAUAACAUGUUUGAUUCCGCGGAAGUUUGUGAGCAGAGAGCCAGUAGAAAAUCUCAUGGAUUCCUUCCAUCUUGGGCAACUGGUAACUUGUGUUGUUGUACACAUUAAUAAGGAAAAUAAGAAAAUCAUUGCCAGUCUCACUACAGAGCCAUUUGAUCCAGAUAUUAAGAGAUCUAAACGUAAACAUGAUAACAAAAUCAAUGGUGGUGAUCAAGAAUCAAAUGACAAUAAAAGUAAGAAGCGAAAAAGAUCUAAGGAGCCCGUACAAGGAAAUGAAGAUACAGUCGAAGAAAAUUCCAAAAAGGCUAAAAAGAAAAACAAAAAAGAAAAAGAUAUAGCCGAAGAUAUCGUAGAAAGCGAAACGGUCGUUGAGGAUAUUGUUAAGUCAAAGAAGAAAGAUAAAAAGAAAAAUAAAAAAGCAAAAGAGACAGAUGAGGCAGACUCGAUGGAAGUGGAAACAGUUAUCGAGAAUGAAGGCAUAACAAAGAAGCAAGAUAAGAAGAAAAAGAAAGAAGUAAAUAAAGAGAGUUAUACACAACCCGAACCAGUUGAUAAGAGAAAAAAGAUGAACGAUAAAAAGGAACUGAAAGAAGACAUGGAUGAAAGCGAUGCAAUAGAAUCUGAUAUGCCAGAUGACCAAUCUUCAUUUAUACAUCCUAAAGACCUAAGCCUUUUAGAUCUCUCUACUUGCGAAGUAAGCGAACACUUUAAAGAACGCAUAACGCAGCUGCUCAAAUCAGUAAAUAGAAAAGUAAAAAAAUCGGAUUUUAUCGUAAACAAAAUACAAAAACUAGAAAAAAAAGGUCUUAAUCCUAAAAACAAGAAAUAUCAUACCGAGUUACACAUCGAAAGAUUAACAAUCCAAGAACAUGUUACACAGUUAUUAGAAACGGUGAAAAUAGCGCAAGAGAAGCUAAAAGAACUACAAAUGAAAGAGAAAGGAACAGUUGUUGAGCCGGUUAAAGUAGAGAAUAAGAUUAUGAGUGAGAAAUAUGGUAAACUUAAAGAAGUUAAGGUGUUGGAUAAAUUGGAGCCUGUGAUUGAAGUGCCCAGUGCUAAGGACUUUUGGUCCAUGGAUAAACAAGAAGUUAAUCCAAAGCAGGAAGAAUCUAGUAGCAGUGAAGAUGAAGAAGAAGAAAGACCCAAAAAGAAACGCAAGAAACUGACAGCAGCAGAAAAAGUGGCUAAAGCGAGAGAAGAAGAAGAAAAAGUGAGAGAAAUGGAGAAGAGGGCGAUAGAGAGUGAGAAUGAGCCCCGAUCGGUUGAGCAGUUCCAGAGGGCGCUAAUGGCGAGCCCGGACUGCAGUCAGCUUUGGAUUGCAUAUAUGGCUUUCCACCUUCAGGCGACAGAGAUAGAGCGAGCGCGCGGCGUGGCACGUAAAGCGAUUAACACAAUUAACUUUAGAGAGGAACAAGAACGACUCAAUGUUUGGAUCGCUUUACUAAACCUCGAACAUCGGUUUGGUACCAAGGAAACCCAAACAAAGACCCUCGAAGAAGCCCUACAAAUGAACGAUACGUACCAGGUUCACAGCAAACUACUGGAGAUACUCCUAGAUACCAGUAAUCAGCAGGAGUUAAUCCAGAUCUGUGACUUGAUGCAGAGGAAAUAUCGCAAGAAUAUUAACAUGUAUAUUGUGUGUGGUUCUGUCUGUUAUAAAGCCGGUUUAUUAGAUAAGGCAAGGCAGCUGAUGCAGAAGGGUAUGGCGGCUUUGGAGAAGAAGGAACAUGUGUCGUUAUUAGUGCAAUUCGCGCAACUAGAGCGAGCGUGGGGCGAACGUGAACGAGCCGAAGCGUUGUUCGAGCAAGUGCUCGCCGUUUAUCCCGCUCGCGUUGACGUUUGCUGCGCUUUCGUCGAUAUGCUUUUGAAGACUGGCGACGUCACUCGGAUCAGGCAAGUGCUGGAGCGGAUGACGGCUCACAAGUUGCCAGCACGCAAAAUGAAGGUUUUGUUCAAAAAGUGGAUAGAAGUGGAAGAAAAGUAUGGAGAUAAGGACCAAGCGGAGGAAAUUCGUCAAAAAGCACUAGAAUAUGUAGAUAAAGCGAAGUUUUAG